CUUGUUCCCUUUUUUUUCCCUUCAAUCUUGAUAAUUAUAUAUGAAAAAAAAAGUGUUACUUUUUGUCAAUAUAGUAUAUUAGUGGUGGAAAUUAAAAGGAUGGAUGAAAGUGAGAUUAGGAAGAAAAACUUAUGUAUAUAUAUAAAAAAGAUGGAAUAAAAUUAUGCAUAUUGAACAAGCCAAAAGAGGUGGUGGCCUGUAAUUUGUAAAUAUAGAAUUUAGAUAAUUUAAAUGCUCCUCGAAUAAUCUAAAAGGGAAAAUCUUGGACUUGUCUCUCUACAUUAAUAAAUGCAAUCAAAUUCCCUUUUGAGAGAGAGAGGGGGAGAGAGAGAGAGAUGGAGGUGGAGCAGCUGCAGAGUAGCUUCAUUGAGUAUACAAGUGGUCUGUUUCGUGAGGGAUUCUUGGAUGGUCAGUUUAGUCAGCUGCAGCUGCUUCAAGAUGAAACCAAUCCAGAUUUUGUGUUUGAAGUUGUUUCCCUUUUCUUUGAGGAUUCUGAGAGGCUCCUCCAUGAUCUCUCUCUAGCUUUAGAUCAGCAGAAUGUGGACUUCAAGAAGAUUGAUGCUCAUGUUCACCAGUUCAAAGGCAGCAGCUCUAGCAUUGGUGCACACAGGGUUAAGAACACUUGCAUUGCUUUCCGCGGUUUUUGUGAAGAACAGAACGUCGAAGGGUGCCUGAGAUGCUUGCAGCAAGUGAAGCAGGAGUACUUGCUAGUCAAGACCAAGCUCGAGGCGCUAUUACGGGUUAGUUUCCCUCCUGCAAGCGUUGUUCGUUCCAUUCGAACGAACGACGUGUUUCCCGAGAUGCGACCCGAGAUUGUGAUUCUUUCUGCUGUUUUUUUCUUUGUUGCAGUUGGAGCAGCAGAUUGUGGCAGCUGGUGGAACAAUUCCCAUGUUGAAUGAGUUCUGCUGAAGCAAAUGCAGAAAAAUAGAAAGGCAAUGUUAAUCUAUUUUUGAUAUGUUUAAGGUUGUGAGAAUAUUUUCAAGAUCAUUUGUGAUUUCUAAAUGUGGGAAUUCUUGCAUCUGGUUGACAAUGAUUGUAGUUGUGUUUGGA